AUGUUUGUGAACGGUUGUUACAGACAUCAUAUUUUAGUUUUAACGUUUUAUUUACUUUGCAUGAUUUAUGUUCAGUAUGUGAGUUGUGAACAGAGGGAGACAGAAAAUAGACACCUGUUUCCACUACUGGGCUAUCUUCACGGUUACAAAAUUGGACAGAACAUUGCAUAUCAAUUACCUCCGUUUGUUUUGUCACCUGUAGUGAUACUGCCAUCGAUAAAUCAACAGCAAAGUGUCAACGUGCAGAAAUCAACCUCAGGAGAUAAUUACUAUGAACAUGGUGGAUCGUUUCAAAUUAUAUCUCCAUCAAAACUUAUACUAAACUUUACUGAAGAUUAUAAUGACAAAGACAUCGAAAAACCUGAAAUAAAACAAACUACAAAAAUAGAUACCUUACAAAAAUCUGAUCUAUUAGCUAAAUAUAAUCAAUCUUGUGAUCAUGACACAUUUCGACAAGUUGUAACUUACGAUACUGGGACUACAACUGUCAAAACAACGGAAUUUAACAAUGAAGAUGAAGUACCAACAAGUAAUAUGACAAAUAGUGAAGUGGAAAGUUUAAAAGUCACUACACAGGUAUACGCUUCAUAUCCAACCGCAGUAUACACAAAUAAAAAUAUCAGUUCUAUAUCAAUUACAACUUCAUCGCUUCGAGAAAUGUCUGCAUCUACUACAUCGUUGCAAAACAAUUUAACUGUUACAAAUACAGAAGACAUACAAAGCAUGAAAGAAAACAUAACCGGACAAAAGAAUAUUACUGAUAAUAUUAACUUACAGUCAAAUGGUAGUCUAGAAAGUUCAAGUACUAUUCGAACAACUGCAGUAGCAUCUGAAUUUAGAGGUUAUUCAUACAAAAAUCCAUGGUACAGUGCACUAGACAAGUUAUCAAUAACAACGAGUUCGUAUACAAAUUAUGAAUCACAUUUGCCGCUUGCUUACGAUGAUCGAUGGCAGAGUUUUUCCUCAUCAAGAAAACCAUAUCCGACAUCUGAUUUCCGACCACUUGCUGGUUUGUAUCAUGAUGGAUUUUUUCACAAAUAUCCAUUGAAGAAAUCAGGAUUUAUUCCUUUGAAUAGUAAAUAUUUGUAUUAUAAUUAAAAUAAUUCAGCAUACAUAAAGUUAUCUUAGUGCAAGAGACGAGUAUUCUCAUUCAGAUAUUCAGGUGUCCUUUAAUGUAGAAGACGAUUGAACAAAUGAUUUUAACUUAUCGUUGUAUUUCUAAAUUUUCAAUGGAGAACCCACUAUGUUUAUUUAUAGCAAUAUUCGAUUUUAUUGUGUAGGUGUUUGCAAUACAUUCAAAUAUGCAAGAGAGCUUAUUAUAAAACUUCUUCAUAGAUAACUGUCUAUUUUGAAUUGAUAUUUGUUUAAAGUUUAAACAAAUAUUAAAUUUUCACAUGCUAAUAGUCAGUACAUCAUUGCGUCAGUGCAGAUCAUCUUCAUAAUCAUUCUACUUCAAUUGACCCACUGGAUUAAAGGCUUCCUUUUUCUUAUAAUGUAAAAAAUGGAACCGACUUCAAAGACGUAUUUCAGUUAUUUUGAUUUUAACACAAAAUUACUAACUGAACCGAUUUUCAUGAAAAUUAAAUGGAAGAAUUUUCUAAAUUGCUUAAUAAAUUACGAAGUAAUGGGGUAACAAAUAUAAAAAAAAACAUGCGCGCCGGAUUGAGAAUCUCCUCACUUUUUGAAAUCUGUUUCAAACUGUAGGUACUCGUAGUUACGCAUUCCCAUAACAAAGUGUCAGAGGAAACGUUACAAAGCUAUCUUGAUAUUGAUUAUACGUUAUGAAUGCUCGACAUAACCAUAAAUCCACGGAAUUGCGGCAACGGUAACCGAUAUAACUUUACAAGUUUCUUCAAGCGCAAUUGUCAGAAUACUCGUAAAGCAAGCAGUGCCUUUGUGUCUCGUUUGUGACAUUGUUAUGUGGAUGUGGAUCGUUAGCAAUUGAAGAGUUUUAUGGCAGCAUGGUUGAAUGUGAUCAAACAUCUUACAGACAUAUUUUAUUAUCUUCAUCUUCAUGCCGUAUAAAGGAGAAAUUGCUCUCUUUAUUUCGUAUGUUCCUUAGUUCAAGUUGUUUUUGAUUGACGAAUAAUAAAUUCUUACGUAAAUGUUACUGUUUCUUAUU